AUGGAACACACAUGGUCUUCACCAGCAAUUGGGCAUGAAACUAAGAGGCAGUUGCCAGCACUGGAAAACAUCUCUCAGCACGCACUGAUUGCAGCAGUGAAGGCAAAUAUUAGGAUGGGUGAACAAGGAUUAGGUCUCAUAAUCAUACAGAAUGGGCCAUAUCUCCAGAUAGCAAGCCUUAUUGAGAAAAGCUUUGCAGCUAACGAUGGAAAGCUAAAACCAGGUGACAUUCUAAUAAAAGUUGGACACGCUAAUGUUUUAGGAUGGACUCUGCGAGACCUUAGGCAACUCCUGCACAAUAUUCCUAUAGGAACUACUCUACAAAUCAGGGUUUAUAGAGAUUUUGUUGAAGUACCUCCACACUGGCAAAGUGCAGUUGAAUUAAUCCCUGAAGUAAAGCUUCCUGUGAUGACAGCAGGGUAAGAAAUAAGUAUUGCACAUAACUAGACUUUCACACCUUGCUUAUUAUUCUAG